AUGGAGAAUCCUGUGGGGAUGGACUCGCCAAAGGGUGAUGCUGCUCGGUGUUCUCAAUACACCAGCAGUGAGGAGGAACAGAACCGUCCUACCCCGACCACCGAGGAUAGGGUGGCGGGGAAAAGGCCAAUAGUUGUGGAUCCAUCUCCUGCAGAAGCACUGCCAGCGGAGACCAGCCAAGCCCUGAAGCAUCGUCAGCUCGUGAGGAUCACCGACGACGAUGACGAGGAGGAGGCUACCCCCUCUUUGGUCCGAAAGCUGCGCAGUCGCCCAGACAUUGCACCAGCUAGCACUGGUCGGGUGACCAGUGACCCUCCUACCCCACACGCCGAGCCAACGCGUAUUGGAGGGACAGGGGCGGCAGCGGCGACUGGUAGGACCAGGGGGAGUGCGGCAUCUGACGUUGACCCCGACAACGUUGCUGGACAGAAGACGACCGAGCCAGCGGUUGUCGUCGAAGACGCAGCGCGGCAGACCGCCCAGGAGCAAUCCAAAGAGCAGCCCACGGUGGUGACCACGGCUGAGAGUGCCGAGGAGCACCUAGCUCCAGCGAGGACUGGAGCGAGCACCCCUGCAAGGGAUGAUGAGGCUGCAAGGACGCCUCCCCCGAGCAGUGUCGCGGAGGAGGAAGACAGAGCUACGACUCCCCCGCCUGCUGAAGAAAGGAGGGUCCCAACUCCACCUCGAGCAGAGGCCUCUUUGCCAAAGGGCUCCCCUGGCCGGGAUAAAGGUCUAGUGAUACCUGUGACCAUGGCUGGGGGAAGCACAGAAGGUGAGGAAACUCAAGCGGCCUCCGACGACGAAGUUGAAGAAAUCCAAGGUCGCCCCCAUGACGGUCGCCAGCACGUUGACACGGCAGCUUCGUCCGUGGUAGUGACCGGGUACAAGCCUUCAAACUGGGGCGACCAGCUCCUAAGCGCGGCGUCGGACGUCGAUCCUGACCGCGUUGCUAGCCAGAGGAUGGCCGAGCCCGUUGCUGCCGCUGUGGGCGCUGCGCCGCAGACCACGGAGCAGCCCGCGGCAACAAUCGUGGCCAAGAGCACCGAGGAGCAUCCGGCCUCAGCAAAGACCGCGGCAAGCGCCCCGACGAGAGAUGAAGAGGCUAUGAGGACCCCUCCCCCGAUGCUUAAGGUGAAUACCAAGAAGCAUUUUGACGAGCUGAACAAGGAUCGGGACUCCUAG